AAUAAAAUAAACCACCUUUACUUUUAUGUAGUGGCAUUUUGUCUUUGUUUUUGUCCAGUGUCAAUUGAAUCUGGGUUUCUCACAGGUGUUCAAAAUCUAAAACCAUUUAUAGUUCAAUGCAUAAGUGGUCAUCGGCAUAACUUUUUUUUUUUCCGGAGGACAUUCGAUUCAAAACUCACUUAUUGAUUGUGGUUAAUUGCAGGGUUAUAAUGGCAGUCAAUUAUGGGACACUGCUUUCACUGUUCAGGCAAUAAUCUCAACUAGCCUUCUUGAGGAAUUUGGUCCAACUCUUAGGAAAGCGCAUGAGUUCAUAAAGAAUUCGCAGGUUUUGGAAGACUGCCCUGGUGAUCUUAGUUUCUAGUAUUGUCAUAUUUCUAAAGGUGCAUGGCCUUUCUCAACUAGAGAUCAUGGAUGGCCCAUAUCAGAUUGCACUGCAGAAGGUUUAAAGGCUUCACUCUUGUUGUCGCAGAUUCCAUCAAAAACUGUUGGUGAACCAAUCGAUGCAAACAGAUUGUACGACGCAAUGAAUGUCAUUCUUUCACUACAGGAAUUCGGAUGCCAAGAAGACAUGAUGUUCUGUGGUGUGUUUGAUGGCCAUGGCCCUUGGGGACACUACGUAGCAAAAAGGGUCAGAGAAUCGCUGCCAUCGUCUCUGCUUUGCAAUUGGCAGGAGACUCUUGCUAUGAGCUCAAUUACAUCAGAAUUCCUUUUGGAAUCUGAUAAAGUGCUUAAUUGAUUUGACAUUUGGAAGGAAUCCUAUUUGAGAACUUAUUGAAAUGAGUGAUUUACUUGGGCAAAUGAAUCAUAACCUUGAAGGUUUGAAGAGUGAUCUGAAUGAAGUUACAAAGGGAAGGGAUUGCCUUGAUUCUGAAGUACUUGUCUUGAAAGAGCAGCUAGAAAUGGUACAAGCUGUUGCUAAAGAAAAUGAAGCAAUUGCUACGGAAGCUCAACAGAUGACUGAGGCAGGGAAGAACUAUGUUGAAGAGGAGGAGGUGAAGCUGUUAGAGAAGUCUGUGGAAGAGCUAGAAUAUACCGUAAAUGUAUUGGAAAACAAGGGGGAGCUUGUCAAAGGAGAGGCUGAAAGGCAACGGUUGCAGAGAGAGGAGUUGGAAGGGGACCCUACUGAAACAGUUCAUGUGGAAGACUAUGUGGCAGCUCAUCCAGCACUCCUUGAGGGCGGUCAGUAA